UCCUUCCUUUUCCCGUCACCAGCAUUAAAUAAAACAUCCCAUCCAAUUCACUCUUUUCGGAAAUGAGGUCAAGGUACCGUCGUAGCUAAUACCUUGGUGCUUUCGUGCUUUCUCUAUACAUCCAUCUCUCCUCCAACAAUCUCCUUCAAUCUACUUCAUCCAUCUAAUGUGACAAGUCCACGCACACAUGCCUUUAUUCAAUCGAUUUGAUGUUCUUCCAACUCCACAAUCCACAACAUAAUUAAAACCCUGCCACACUUCACCGCCUUCAUUAGUCAAUUCAAGUUUAGCCUUCAUCCCCCACAAAUGCAACAUGUACUCCGUACCUGUUGGUAGAAAAGGGUGGUCUCUUGCAUCAUCAAACAUGGCUGUCGGCUUAGGAGGACGACAAGCUGCCGACGAGGAAGCGAGAGCGGAAGUCGAUGUAUUGAAAAGUCGUUUGGAGAAAACGAGUCAAUUGACCAAAAAGAUUCAAGCAAGUUUAGGAAGAUUGGAUGCGACAGGAAAGGGGGUGCAGGAAGCGAUUGGUCCCAUUUAUGGAAAUACUCAAAAGCUUCAAAUUUUAGGUCAGAGUAGGCUUCAGCUCACCCAAGAUACUUGAUUUACACUCACGCAUGUGCGCAGAUAUCGAUGGAGUUAUUGCGGCGAUCGAGAAAGUACGACAGCCAUCAGACAUCAAAAGCAAUGAGGAGGAGAUUAUUAGGAAAGGGUAUGUCGCACAACCAUCAACAGCUUCUAGUCAUCACUAACACAUCAUAGCCCGGAAGCGGUCGGGUUGGCGGUAUUCCUCAGUUCUGUUAAACGUGUCAAUAAAGCUCUCGCAGAUAUGAAACGGACGAACCUACGCUCGAAUCAACAAGCCAUGGUUGAGCUUAGCAAGUUGUCGAAGUCGGGAAACACUCAACUGGAAUCGUAUUUCCAAGGACUCCUUCAGGAAGAUUCACAACCACUCGAACCUCUACACUAUAUCACAAAAAAUCAGCCAUUUCCUCUAUUAUCUCAGGACAAAACUACACGAUUGGGUCUAAUUACGAAUUAUAUUGGGUCAGUGGUUAGACAAUCUGGAUUUGUUUCGGAAUCGCCAGUUAUGCAAUCAUAUGCAAAUGUUCGAGGUCCAUUUUUGAAAACUACAUUACAAAAUUUAGCCUCCGCAUCAAUGAAUACCGCAAAGAAGAAGACACCGGAUGCUGUGUAUCGACAAGGAACCAAUGGAAUUGGAACGUAUGCGAUGGGUAUGGAGGGAGCUUUCUUGGCCGAGUACGAUAAUAUAUGCGCUCUUUUUACUCGCGAUGAAUGGGGUAAAGUUUUCAAUUUGACUUGUCAAGGAGCCAUAGCGGAAUUAUCACGAACUCUCCGAGAAUUGAAUAACCAUAUCAAAUCGAACUUGACAACUGAUUGUUAUCUUGCCUAUGAGAUUGUUGAAAUCAUUUCAAAUCUCUCUUCAAACCUGGAAAGUAGGACAGGAGAAUUGAAACCCUCCUUCGCUGCAGCUCUUAAACCCAUAAGAGAAACUGCCAAAGGUUCACUGGCCGAACUCCUGGAUGAUACCCGGCGAAAGAUAAACCUGCUACAAGUAUUACCCACUGAUGCCGCGACAGUACCCAUGACCACUGAAAUCAUGAUGCGGCUACAAACCAUGGUUGAGUUUCUUCGACCUAUUUCCAGCAUCAUGAUCUCCAUUGGUGAUGGUGGCUGGAAAUCUAGUGGAACCCCUCAAGGUUCAACUGACCAAAUUCCUACUCUUAAUUCUUUCGACGUUAAUGCAGAUGGGAAACAAAUAUUUGCAAACUACUGCCUUGACACGAUUGAAGCUCUUCUUUCAAGUCUGGAACAAAAAGCUAAAGUAUUACUCAAAGGUGGUAAACCUGCUUUAGGAGUUUUCGUUGCGAACAAUGCAACAAUUGUGAUGCGCAUGAUUGAAGGAAGUGAGUUAAAAGGAUUACUUGCACCAAGGAUUGGAGAGAUAGAGAAAUGGGUCAAAACUGGUACCACUCUUUACACGGCUGCAUGGCGUGAACCAUCUGGCUACCUCCUUGACGUCCAAUACACAAACCGUGGUAAUGCACGCCCACAAUCCGGUUCUGGCACUACUGGCAUUGAUAGUGCAGCUGUUGUUAAAGCUCUUGGCUCCAAAGAGAAGGAUCAGAUUAAGGAGAAAUUCAAGAUGUUUAAUCAAUCUUUUGAUGAAUUGGUACAGAGGCAUAAGUCAUUAAUGAUGGAGAGGGAAGUUAGGGAAGUUUUGGCAAGACAAGUGUCAAGUCUGAUAAAGCCAUUAUAUGAUCGAUUUUAUGAUAAAUAUUAUGAGAUUGAUAAAGGAAAGGGGAAGUAUGUUAAGUGGGAUAAAGCUGCUAUCAACGCCAUUUUUGUUAGCUUGGCUUAAAUAUGAAUGGAGGAGGAAAGAGGGAAUUAUAUGGAAGGCCAACGGCCUACGUCGUCAUCGAUUGAAUGGUUACACAGCACUUUACAUUUCGAUGAUCAUCAGCCGCGGAUGUUACAGAUGCCACGAAGACGUAGUGAUGCCGGAGUGACGGUUUCUCCCAAAGCAAAAUACGCCUUGAAUAAGAUCUGGGAAGGAUUGUUAAGCAAUAUGGAACGUGAUGCUUAUAGGAUCUGGGGAAAGAUAAGCUAAUGGAGAGACAGCAAUUCUGCUCGGCAGGGUAGCAUGUCCUUGAUUGAACUUUCUGAUUUGAUACCAACUUUACUUUGACUUGGGACGGCUGGGGCUAGGGAAGGAGUUUUUUCACGGGGUUCACAUUUACACAUUUACAUAUUUAUGUAUGCAUGCAUGUAUCCCAUCUUUUCUAGGGUUAAUGGCUCCACUAAAUACCUACUCAAUGCAUAGCUUGGGAGUUGGGGAUUUGGGGCUGGAUAUGGAUUCUUUAUUUUCGUUCCAUCAAUCGGGUUACCAAGUUAUUACCUUGUCUAGGUACCUGCAUUGUAUUGGACUGUACUGUACUAUACUAUAUUAUAUUAUAAUUUUUUUCUUUUCAGUUAAACUUUAUUCAUACGGUACUUGUGUAGGUGAUACGUA